GUGGUGCGAGAUGUCCCCUGAGCUGCAGACAUUAACUCGUAGUAGAAGGCUCGUUUGGUGACUGGUGUGACGUGAUGCUAGCUAAUUGCUAACUAUCUGGAUUUCAGGAAAACCUACUAAAAAUAUGACAUCAUUUUGAGGAUGUUAAUCGGCGGCGAGUCGCGAUAACCUAUGUUUCGUGAGAUUACCAGCCGGCCCGUCAUAGAGUUGACUGCAAGCGUGAAGUUACUGGAUGAUUGUGUUGAAUCAGGAGCUGCAGGGCCCUCAGUCCGCGGUGCUUGGGUGAACGAGACCCCGGGAUCACUGCCUUUGAGAGAGGCAGCAUCGAGGUGUUAGUUAAUACCAACGACUUACUGCACCAAAGCCUCCACUGACCAUGUCACACACUGGACCCCCUCCUCGGUGGCGGAACUGUCCCAGGAGAGGACAACCUGUGGCAGGUAAAUUCCUGCCAAUGAAAACGAUGUUGGGUCCCAGAUAUGAUGACCAAGUUGCAGAAGAGAACAGGUUUCACCCGAGCAUGCUGUCCAACUUUUUAAAAAGUCUAAAAGUUAAAAUGGGUUUGCUGGUGGAUUUGACGAAUACUACGCGUUUUUAUGAACGCAGCGAAAUUGAAAAAGAAGGCAUAAAAUACAUGAAGCUUCAGUGUAAAGGCCACGGAGAAUGCCCUACAAAAGAGACAACUUCAAAGUUCAUCAGGCUCUGCGAACACUUCAUCGAGAAGAAUCCUGAAGAAUUGAUAGGAGUUCACUGCACUCAUGGCUUCAACCGGACAGGCUUUCUGAUGUGUGCUUACCUGGUGGAGAAGAUGGACUGGAGCGUCGAGGCAGCUGUGGCCGCCUUCACCGUGGCCCGGGCCCCAGGGAUCUACAAGGGAGAGUACCUCAAAGAGCUUUUCCGUCGCUAUGGUGACGAGGAGGACGCGCCCACUGCCCCCGCGCUCCCCGAUUGGUGCUUCGACGACGACGAGUCCGGGGAAGUGGACGACGACGGUAACUCUGUCGUCCAGGAGUCGGGCCCCAGCUCCUCGGGGUCGUUGCCCGGCAGACGAAAGAAAGAGAAGCUAAAACUGGGUGCAGUAUUCCUGGAAGGCAUCACAGUGAAAGGCGUCACACAGAUCACCACACAACCCAAACUAGGAGAAAUCCAAAGAAUGUGUCAAGGGAUGGCCGAGUGGGAAAGGUCUGGUUUUCCUGGUGCUCAGCCUGUGUCCAUGGACCGACAAAACCUUUGUUUCCUGGAACAGAAUCCAUACAAAGUCAGCUGGAAAGCUGAUGGCACACGGUACAUGAUGUUGAUCAACGGAAAAAAUGAAGUAUUCAUGGUCGACAGAGACAACAGCAUCUUCCACAUGGCGAACCUAGAGUUUCCGUUCCGGAAGGAUCCACGUAUCCACCUAUCAAAUACUCUAUUGGAUGGGGAGAUGAUCAUCGACAAGGUGAAUGGUCAGCCCGUCCCCCGCUAUUUGAUAUACGACAUCAUCAAAUUCAAUGGACAGCCUGUCGGCCAGUGUGAUUUCAAUAUCCGGCUGUUAUGCAUAGAAAAGGAGAUCAUUUCACCCAGGAUGGAAAAGAUGAAGAUUGGACAGAUCGACAAAACCAAGGAGCCCUUCAGUGUCCGAAAUAAACCUUUCUUUGACAUUCAUGCAGCACGGAAGCUACUGGAAGGCAGCUUCACGUCCCAGGUCAGCCACGAAGUCGACGGACUUAUCUUCCAGCCAUGCGGGAGAUACAAGGCCGGGAGGUGUGAUGACAUCCUCAAGUGGAAGCCGCCCAAUCUCAACUCUGUGGACUUUCGCCUCAAGAUCACCAAAGUCGGAGGAGAAGGGCUACUUCCACAGACUGUCGGUUUACUCUACGUCGGCAGCUAUGACAGGCCCUUUGCAAAAAUGAAGGCCACUAAGGAGCUGAAGCAGUACGACAACAAGAUCAUUGAGUGCACCUUCGCCAAUAACACCUGGGUGUUCAUGAGGCAACGGGUGGACAAGAGCUUCCCAAACUCCUACGAAACAGCAAUGGCUGUGUGUAAAAGCAUCCAGGAGCCCGUCACUAAGGACAUCCUCUUAAAGUACGUGGACCGCUGUUCUCAAGGAGUCCAAGCCCAGAACCGGAAACACCCAGCAGACCCAGACGCUGAGCUAAUGCCCCCUCCUCCUCCAAAGAGACCCAACCGGGCCAUCCCUUAGCCCACAGCUGGGCUCUCUGGACUGCUCUACAGUCACAGUGUGCAUCUACAUCACCAGCCACGUUGACCCCCCCCGUACAGAAAACAGACAUUUCAAGGCUUCCUUUCCCUCAGCACAUUUGCUUUUUCAGCCUGUACAUGCAAGGACUUCAGAAACCUUUGAUUGACUGCCUCAACGUCAUUAAUUUACCAUGUAGACUUGUUUGUAGCUUUAAUUGCUGGUGUUCUUAUUAAAAUGAAAAUCAUGACGCUUAGUUAAUUUAUUUUUCUUUUCCUAUUUAUCUUUUUUAAAGUCUGAGCUAUUUAUCUACAGGGACAUUGUUAUGGCUACAAGGUAACAUCUGACAAUGCAAACCUUGUCUAUGUUUUGUCAAUUAGUUCCUUAUUUGUAUUGAAGGAAGAGUAAACAUCAUUAACACUCAGUCUGCUGUUUGAAUGCAUUCAAAUCAGGAAACAAUCCUUCAACUAAUGAUUUGCAGCAUCACAGAUCUCAUUAAUAUAAACUCUAAACUGCAUGUGUUUUGACUUCAAUUAACAGAAUAAUGUUGCUGCCAUUGUUCAGCCCAUAAUGCUGAGUCAGGGGUUUCCAACUGUUUUCAUAUCCAAGCAGCUCUGUGUUUCAUAAGAUUUUGUCCAAUGGAAGCCCAUCUGUGUGGUCUUUUUGUUUUAAAGGCCACCUGGGUGGGCGGUUAGAUGACAACAUGAUUACAUAGUCUCAACAAACUAACUCCAAAGGAGUAGAUACUGUGAAAUCAAGCUACAGAUGGGUGACAAAUACACAUAAACCAACAACAAAGUUUCUUUGUAAGGUGUAUACUUUUAGUCAUCUAUGAGUCAAUUGAUGUUUUGAAGAUAGUGAUGGAGAGCACUAUCUACUAAGAAGAAAAACACUGUUAAAUUGGGUUGAGAUCUCGUGUGGAAGUUCUUAUUAAGCACUGAUUAAACCUUUCAAUGCCCCUCAGAAAUGUUUCAUCCUGGGAUGUCACAGGCAUGUUUAUACUGUACAGGCCACAGUGAAUAUGAAGUCUGAUGACCACAAUUUAAUUUUUCUUUCGUUCAUUCAGUGUUCAAAAAUGCUGGUUUAACUGUCAAUUUUAUUCACACUGGUCGUCAUUUUUCUGAAGCUGCUUUUCAUGGAUUUAGGUAGAUGGCUGGCUACGUGUGAAGGUGAUGCCCCACAGUUAACAAGGCUAUUGAAUGAAGGUUAAGACACAAUCCUGAGCUAUGGGGUAUGGCACAUGCACAGUGUUGGAAGGUUAAUGCAAACAGAGAUCUAAAGGAAUAAUGUCCGCUCUGGUGCUCUCUGGUUUCGUUGGCAAGACCAGAUUUAACUGUGCUUGUGUUAUACCCUGAUGAUGUGACCCGUGGCAUCACCUCUUUUAAUGCUUCUUGAUUCUAAAUCUCCCCAUACGAUCUCUGAUUGGCCAUCUUGUAGUUGACCUCUGACCUCUCUAAAUGAACAUGAUUUCCCAUCAGAGUUUUUAAACAUGCUCAUCAUCGCUCUUUCAUUUUAAUCCCAAUCGGAAAACCUUGUUGCCAGGGAACAUUUCAGUUUCAUUUUCUUACCCCGUUGCCCACGUUGUUGCUUGUUGCUAGGAGUGUCGCCCAUCUGCACUGUUUAUCACCCACUGUAGUGUUUGUAGAAACGAUUUACUCGGCAGAUCUCACAUGCUGACUGGUUUAUUGACAUUCUUUGGUUUGGUUUGUGUUGAAAUAAUGUCUCCAUUAGUUUUAUUAUUUUUAUGUAUGUUUUAUUUUUUAUGAAGGACAAUCUCUCUUCUUAAGUGGAUGAUGCUACAGAAAUGAUUCAACACUGAGGGAAUAUUUCUAUUUCUGUCUGACUAAAGAAAGUGUGUAUUUCAGAACCAGUGUGUUGUGGAAGUUUGUUUGAAAUCAGUGUUUCUGAGCUCCCAUGCAGUGAAACGGCUUAUUUUCAGACCCGGGGGUCAG